UUUUUUUUUUUUUUCAAAUUUGAAAGGUUUUUUUUUUUUUAGGCUGGAGCUGAAGUGUGAAUGUUUUCUUCACAGGAUCUAUGCCAGAAUAAAGCAGCGGAAGUCCAUUGUUAGAGAGGCGGUGUGAUUACUAAAGGUGGGUCCCUGGGGGUCCUGCUGAAUGGGGGCUGGAAAGGUGUCCCGGAUCGGGCAGAGAAGUCGGGUAAAAUGGCAAAGUGGUUCAAGGAGUUCCCCCUGACUCUGAGAAACGGGACCGACAGGAUCCGCUCUGAACCUGCAGGCUCCCAGCCGAGACCAAACAGAACCAAGAACUCUUCUGCGGACAGAGGAGGCGUUGGGUCUCUCCUGUCCGGAAGAAACCGACAGAACUCAGGCCCGGAGCUGCUGAACAGAACCGCUGUGGGCUCUCAGAAAGAUGGGAGAAUUUGGGACAACCUACUACCGGGUAAGAGCCGCAAAAACUCCAAGGGAGAUCCACCUUCUGAGGACAGACCUCCGAGGACCACCUGUCCAUCUGCCUACAUCAACCGGAUGAUAAGAGUGGACAAACAGGUCGUGCCUGAAGCUGAGAAACCAGUCCAGGGCAAGACAGAAACUCCCAUCAUCCUGGAGGAUUACGCCGACCCUUUUGACGCUCAGAGGAGCAGCGAACCGAAGGAGGCCGAGAGGCUGGGUGAGAACGACGGCUACGUGGAGCCGUACGACGCUCAGCAGAUGAUCACAGAGAUCAGACGUCGGGGAUCCAAAGACCUGCUGAGGACGUGUGUGUUAAUGGACGCGAGCGAGGGAACGAUGGAGGAAGGUCAGCCUGCUCCCUUACAGAUUUAUGACCUUCCGUACGAAGGAAGUGGUGACGACCAAAAGAUGAGAGUCGGGAGGUCGGAGCGAGACCUGCGUCCAGCCUCGGAGCACGAGCUGCCCUGGGAGUGGAGGAAGCAGCACAUAGUCAGGACUCUGUCAGCACAAUUGGACAACCCCGUCAAAGACGAGACGUCUCAUUCCAAAAUCACAAGGCAGCUUCAGCAUCCAGCAGCUCAGCUGCAGCAGCUUCAGAGUCUGAAGCAGAAAGGCCAGAAGAUCCUGAGAUCCUCUCUUCAGACUCUUCUGCCUCUUUCUGCUCCAAACGUCAGCUCUGAGAAUGAAAACUCCUGCGUUGACCCCUCCCUGCCUCUGGAGAAGCAAAGUUGGUACCACGGCUGCAUGAGUCGCCAGGAGGCGGAGCUUCAGCUGCAGAGCUGCAGAGAGGCCAGCUUCCUGGUCAGGAACAGCGAGUCGGACAGCAGCAAGUACUCCAUUGCCCUCAAGACGAGUCAGGGCUGCGUUCACAUCAUUGUGGCUCAGACUAAAGAAAACACGUUCACGUUGGACCAGAGCAGCUGUGUGUUUCCCAGCAUCCCUCAGGUGGUGCAUCACUACUGCACUCAGCAGCUGCCUUUCAACGGUGCCGAACACAUGACCCUGCUGCACCCCGUGCCUCGAAUCCACUGACUUUUUGUUUUUCAGUCUUUUGAUGAUCGGAUCUAUAAAGUGUGUGUGGAGCUUUCGGCUGGCGUCUUCCAUUUGCUUCUUUUCAUUCCCUUUCCUUUGAUGUGCAGCUGAUGCAGAACACCUGGGCUGCUGUUUUGCAUGUGAACAAGCUCAGCAGAGACAGCGCGUUUUUAUUUUGAUUUAAAUGUGAACUGGGUUAGGAUCGGAUUCAUACUUGUGUUUUUAAACUCUACUGAAAGCUGGAAGUUUUUGGUUUUGAUACAGAGUUAAAUUUACCAAAGUAGGAAAAUAAUGUGCUCUUUCUGCCCUCUGGUGGUGGUGRUGGUGCACUGCACCGCCCAAUACAAAAACUUCUUUAACCUGGAAACACAAGCGUAUCUUUCUGCUUCUAAAGAUCUGAGAAGCAGCUUUUUUGUGCAAACAUUGCAUAAAAUUAUAAUAUAAACUGUUGGUUUUCUGCCUCCACUAUAACUUUUUUUUUUACUGUGAAUAAGGGAACUUUUUCUUUCUGUCAUUGUGCACUGUGAAAAGGGUGAUUCACCCUGAUGCAAUGUGACGGAUGGAGUAAUGGCUCCACUCUAAUUAGAGAUAAAUAGGCCUGUUUUUCCUCGAGGACUGUGUAAAAAACAUGUGAAACUGGGUGUUUUAUAUCGGAUCGUUUUAGGAACAGAUAAAAGUUUGAAAGUUUUUCUGUAAAAGUAAUGUCAGUCUUUUUCAUGUUAUUUCUUUAUUAUUCAUUAAACCUCCAUGAAAUGGUGUUUUUUCUUAAGGUUUGACAUUUUUUUGUCACUUUAAAGCUUUCUGUCAAAGCUUCCAUGAAAAAACAACUUUUUGUUCGUUUUAAAGUCUUUAUUUGUAAAAAUUAAAAAAGCAAACAAAAGCAAUCAUUCAAAUGUCGUAAAACAGAUGAUAAUAAAAAUGUCCUGAAUCUCAAUGCUGAAGAUCUUCUGUGACGUUCUCUGUGAUCCUAAUAAAUAAAACCUUUUCUGUCAGAG